AUGGAAGUCGAUCUUGUAAACAGAGACCCCAAUGGCCUUAAUGACCACAUCAAGGUGCAAUUUGAAGAUGUGUUGGCCGAACCCGAAGGAGCCCGCAGUAUUGACUGCGUAUGGAAACUUUCCUACACAUGCUUCAAUCUCUGGCUUGGACUUUGCUACAAACUUAUGACCCUCUUCUAUGGUAUCUGCAUCGCUGCCGAAUGGGGAUGCGAGUUUGCCACUAUUGCUUUCUACCAUAUCUGGUACAUCACGCCAAUGCUGAGAGUUUGCGAGAUCAACUGCGCCGUGUUCACCAAAAUCACAAAGACCUGCUUAAGCUGCUGUAUAGAACCAUGCUGUGGGGCAUGCGGGUCAUUCUUCAUCCACUUCAAGAAAUAAAGCAAUAUUAAGCAAAGAAGUAAUAAUACAAAUACAAUAAAAAAUUAUUUUUAUAGCUCUUUGUAUUAAGCUUACAACAAGUUAGUGUUUUCUAACGUUGUAUUCUGCAAAUAGCGCAUGAAAAGUUAUAAAUUAUUGUGAUGGAUAAAACAUUUUAUCUUUUUUUUUUUUAAAUUUUAAUGAAAAUUUAUUAUCUUUUUUUUCAGCUGCCUAUAAUAAAACAUUUCUUUAUUCAGAAAUCACACAUUCAUAUUCACCCAUCUAUGAUUUAUUAGACAUAGAUACAUAUUUUUUAUAUUGUUGAGUUUUAAUAAAAUAUA